AUGGCUUCUUCUUCGGGUUCAAAGUAUCCUCGUCGUCUCUAUGAUGUUGGCAAAACCCCAAUUCAGAGUAGGAGCAUGAACCAUAGUUGUUUCUUGGCCAACGUUCAAACCGUGCUAGAAUCUGUUGGGGAUGAUGUUGUGUCUGACUUGAGGGAAUCAGCUGUUGGAGUGAUUGUGAAGCUGAAAGAGUUGGAAUACACUUGGUCUGCCUCUUGCGUUCACCAUUUUCUUGUCAAUCAAUUGGCCAUAGAGAGCAGUCAUGAGAUGUGGUCGUUGAUAGAUUAUAAUGAGCGAGGGAACAUAUUGGUUGUUGCUAAUGAAGACACUCGAUUUGAAGAUUUUGUGAAAAUCAUACUUGAGGAUUACGGAGUAGAUUUUGCAGAAAACGAUUUGGACCUGAGGUACGUUUUGCCGAAGCGGAAUCUACAAAAACAAAACAACGAUACACCACCUGUGAAAAUAGGAAAUGAUCGGCAGUUUCAUGCAUUCUUGGGUCUUUGCAAAGUUGAGAAUGUUCGAGUAUGUGUAGAGUUUAAAGUGAAAAAAAAUGUUGGGGAAAGAGCUGUCGAAGAUCAGAAACAACCCUUAGAAAGAGAUGACCUGUUGUGUGAAGACGAAGAAGAUACAGCCGAAGAGGGUGAUCGAUUUGAUUACUGUGAUGAUUCUGAUGGAGCGACAUCCGAUGAUGAAAACUUUUCUACAUACUGUCUUCCACCAAACCAUGUAGAAGAAGCCCCGGGAUCUUGCACCAAUAUGAUUUAUGCUAGACUCCUUAAAACACAAGAAAGAGAGUCUCCAAAGAGUAUUGAUGAUUUGCGCUCAUUCAAAUUUGCAGUGGGGCAAAGUUGUACGUGGAAUCUUAGAGCUUCCCCAGUAGGUGAGUCUUCAAAGUUUACUAUCCGAGUAUAUGUAGAUGAACAUACCUGCUCUGUAACAGAACGUUCAUCUCGUUCCCGACAAGCUACCCCUGAAAUUCUUGGACUCUUGUGCAAAGACUAUGUUGGUGGGGUUGAAUCAUCUGUUUUGCCACGUCAUGUUUCUAGUGCUAUGAAUUUGAGCUUUGGAACCAAGAUGGAUUACUGGAAAGCUCGCCGUACACUUAUAGCUGCUAGAGAUCUCGUAAUGGGUUCUUCACAGAAUGGAUAUCAGGAAUUACCUACUUACCUGCAGAUGAUUAGAAUGUCAAAUCCAGGAACUUUAACUCAAUUGGAAGUUGAUACAAAAAACAGAUUUAAAUACUUAUUCCUUGCAUUCGGCGCUAGCAUUGCUGGCUUUCCAUUUAUGAGGAAGGUUGUGGUGGUUGAUGGAACGUUUUUGCAAGGAAAAUACAAAGGAACGCUUCUGAUUGCAACAUCACAGGAUGAUAAAUUUCAAAUCUUUCCAAUUGCGUUUGCUGUGGUUGACACAGAGAAUGAUGAAUCAUGGACAUGGUUUUUCCGCCAACUCAGCCGUGUGAUACCAGAUGAUGCAGGAUUGGCGUUAAUCUCUGACAGGCACAAGUCAAUAGAGAAAGCUAUUGCAGUGGUAUAUCCAUUGGCAAGCAGGGAAAUUUGCACAUACCACUUAUAUAAAAACAUCUUGUUACGAUUCAGAGGGCGUGAUUUGUUUGGAUUGGUCAAAAGAGCCGCCUACUGUUUUAGGUUAACUGAAUUUCAAGCAACUUUCGAGAGAAUCGAAGAGUUAAAUCCAGAUUUGCAUGCUUACUUGGAACGUGCUGAUGUACGUAAGUGGGCACGAGCUCAUUUUAGAGGUGAUAGAUAUAACCUCCUUACAAGUAACAUAGCUGAAUCCAUAAACAAAGCUUUGUCGGGUGCUAGAAGCUUGCCCAUUGUUCACCUUUUGGAGUCAAUCCGAUUAAUGAUGACACGCUGGUUUGCAACAAGAAAAUAUGAUGCUGAGUUGAUGAAGACCUCUCUGACGCGUGGUGUAGAGAAGGUGUUGGAGGGCAGGAUACCUACUUCUAAUGUACUAAAGGUUCAAGCAAUAGACAGCCAUCAAUCACAAGUGACAGGAGUCUCAUCAUUACAUGUUGUAAAUCAGAUUGAGAAGACAUGUUCUUGCCGUAGAUUUGAUUUGGAGAAGCUACCAUGUGCCCAUGCUAUAGCCGCCGCGGAAGCUAGAAAGAUAUCACGUAUAUCACUUUGUCACCGUUACUAUCGGAAGUAG